AUGGCGUACCACCUCCCCCGAGCCGACUGCAGCUCCGUGAUGGGCGGUUGUAGCUCGAAGCCAAGCCAGUUCCAGCAUUUCGCCAAGUCGGGUUGUAGCACGAUGUCGCUGUUCCAUCACCGUCCUCCUGCUGGUUGCAGCUCCGCCAUGAAACACCACAAAAAAAUCAAAGAUAAGCAUGCUGCCUAUGUGAAAGUCUCAAGGUUGGAGAAGUUCCUUCAUGAGCUGUCAUUGCAUGAAGAGAAAAUAUUUCUCAAGAGAUUUGAACUGAGAGAGAAGUUGCUUUGCAAGAUACAGCGUCAAGCUGCAGAAGAUGAAUGUGAUGAAAGAAACUAUGACAUUGUGGAAGAAAGUGCAGAGGGCCUUGAACAAGAGAGUAUCUCGGCUUGCACUGAUGACAAGCGUGAUGUUACUGAGAAUACCUUAGAGCUGAAAAGAAAUCUGAAGGAUAAUCUGCGUAGUAAGCAAGAUCUUUUCAAAAAUGGAUCCUCUAAACAUGACAGGAUAAGGCUGGGAUCGCCAGGAUGGAAGUCCCGGUUCUACAAGGAGAAAUUUGGUGCUGAAACCUCUAAUGAAAUUGGGAGGCUGCAGACAGAAAUGGUCCAGAAGUACUUGGAAGGAUUGUGUUGGGUGCUCCGAUACUAUUUUUCUGACGUACCAUCAUGGAGUUGCUCAUGUGCCCUUCCAAAAUGCUACAGUGAAUUAAUGGGCUGUGAAGAGUCCACGAUACAAAUGUUCUACCCAUCAGAUCUGGCGAUUGAUACUCAUGGAAAACGAUUCUUGUGGCAAGGUGUUGCAAAGUUGCCAUUUAUAGAUGUGAAGCUGCUGCUUUCAGCAACCAAAACAGUAGAGAAAGAUCUCGCAUUGCAUGAAAUGAGGAGGAACACUAUCCGGCAAGAGAAGAUCUUACUGAGGAACUCAAACUCUCUGGCAAAUAAUGCAGCAUUUGGGCCAAUAUCCGAGAAGAAGCUUCUGAUAUCCACCAGAUCGGCAAUGUUCUUCAAUCCUGAGGCAGUGAAGCCAGUCUCAAGACUGCUCGACAAUGUCAUCGUACCUGACAAGACUGUUACUGAAAGUGACAUUCGGACGAGACCCAUGUGGCACACGUACCCGGGGCCAAGGCCGCCGACGGUCACCUGCAGGCCAGAGACCCUGUGGAAGCGGAGCUCGCCGGCGAUGCAGCCGAGGGAAGAGGUGAAGAAUGCCGGAACGGGGUGGAUGGGGCGGGGUAGAGGAGGCGUUGGCGCCGCCACCACCGAGACCCAGCAGAUCGGGACGAGCGGCUUCGGGCCGGGGGGAGGGUACGCCGCCGGUGGCGCCCAGACGCUGCAGCGGAUGAACGGCAGCUACGGGAGAGGUUUCCAAGGCGGCCGGUUCGAUGACGGUGGCGCGUACAGCUUCCGACCGGGAGGCGGUUGGGCAGGAAGGGGCGGCGCGGCGCAGAAGCAGCAGCAGACCGCGUGGCGGCCGGUGGGGACGUGGGCGAGAGGCGGCGGCCGUGGUGGGAGCGGGCAGCCGCGUGCGUGGUAG